ACCUAUCUACGCAUCUACGACGGUUGUUGACUCCAGCUCCUAAGGCUUCUCCGCCCUUUGCCAUCCAGCCAACAAAUGAACAUUAUAAUCUCUUGUUUUCCGAGGGCCCUAGUCCUCCUAUGUUUACGCCAAAUAAAGGGGGUUCCGGUGGUUCUGAAGACAUAUCCGACCGUGAAUGGCAAAUCCGGACAGGCCGCGCCAUCUAUAUCCUACAGAAAACGCUUCCUGAUUUCUUCGAUGUUGGCCUUGUAUCAAGCAUAGACCCCACACAGACCCCGGCUCUCAUUGAUUCCAGAGAAUCGCUUUCGCCAGAGGUAGAAAACAUUUACAGCCCGAAAGUGAGGUUGACGUACACACCCCCUAUUGCCCUUCCCUCGCCAUUUCCAAGAACACUUGGCCUCGAAGGACUGCCGUUGUACCUGGCUUCGUCUGUCUUUAUCCGGCACACCAUGAGAACACUGUAUUCAGACCUUCGCGUAGAAUUACGCAAGGUGACGGUGCAAGGGUCACUAUCCUCGCAUUCAGAAGGCGCUGCAGCAGGAACCCACUCGAAUCACCAGCGAGACAAGAGUCUCUUCAUUGGCCUGAAUGUGUAUGGCACGACACGUGUCAGUGGUGGUGCCGGGCAAUGGCAGAUAGACUCGACGUACAGCUUUUCGCCUAUCUCUGGGUUGAUACAGACGCAUACCAUCGACUCCAUCCAUCCAGCACCGCAUCUGGCUGCAUAUGAUGCGCUACGAGCGUCGCUCAGCAGUGUGUUCGGCUUCGGCGGGCCAGGGCCAGGAGAUAUUCGACCAGGAGAAGUUCGGGCGGUUGAUGGCGAUAAAAGGGUGAUCUAGGCUGGUUUCUGUAUUUUUACCGCGCUCAUUUCUCCUCUUGUACCUAUUGCCUCGCUAAGCAAGAGAUGAGCUUGAUUGACUCCGUGUCUUGUCGUGGGCCAUUGUGGGAGUCAGCAAAUAGCGUAUCCACAUCCACUACAGCGUUAGGCUGGUCUCUAGCCAGACCUAUAGAAGACGGAUGACCUACUUGCACACGAGAUCUAUGAUUU